AUGUCCCUUCCCGUGAGACGGUUGACCCACACGGCUCCCCGCACUUUGGCCCGCAUCCCCAUCUCUAGAAUCCCCUCCACCUUUUCAUCCUUCUCUAUUCCUCGAGCUGUUCGCACUACUGCCCCUAAAUUUUCUACCAUGGCCGCUCGUCAAUCUGCUGCACCGGUCGCAUCGACCGACAAGUCCUAUGAUCCUGAGAUUCAGGAUAUGGCCAAGUAUAUCCAUGAGUACAAUGUGGACUCCGAACUGGCGUUCGAUACCGCCCGUCUUGUUUUCUUAGACACUCUAGGUUGUGGUCUGGAGGCCCUGAAAUUCAAAGAGUGCACCAAGCUCCUUGGCCCCACUGUAGAGGGCACUGUGGUCCCCAACGGUACCCGCGUUCCCGGAACCCCAUACCAAUUGGACCCUAUCAAUGGCGCCUUCAACAUCGGUUCCAUGAUCCGUUGGCUCGAUUACAAUGACUGCUGGCUCGCCGCUGAAUGGGGUCACCCCUCUGAUAACCUGGGUGGUAUCCUGGCUGUGGCCGAUUGGAUCUCUCGCACCAACCGCGCGGGCGGCAAUCUUGGAAAUGGCAAGAUUUUGACCAUCCGUGAUGUUUUGGAGGCCAUGAUCAAGGCCCACGAGAUCCAGGGUGUUCUGGCCCUUGAAAACUCCUUCAACAAGGUUGGACUGGAUCACGUCGUCCUGGUCAAGGUCGCCACUACUGCUGUCGUCUCCAAGAUGAUGGGUCUCAAUGAGAAGCAGACUGCCGAUGCCAUUACACAGGCUUGGGUUGAUGGACAGUCUCUCCGCACCUACCGUCACUCUCCCAACACCAUGUCGCGCAAGUCUUGGGCUGCUGGUGAUGCUUGCCAGCGUGCCGUGAACUUGGUUCUCAAGGUGCAGAAGGGUGAGGGUGGUCUCCAUACUGUCCUGUCUGCUCCUACCUGGGGCUUCUAUGAUGUUUUGUUCAAGGGCAAGAAAUUCGACUACCAGCGUGCCUAUGGUAGCUACGUCAUGGAGAACGUUCUCUUCAAGGUCUCCUACCCUGCCGAGUUCCACUCCCAGACUGCCAUUGAGGCUGCCCAGAAAAUUAACAAGAAGCUUGCGGAGAUGGGCAAGAGUGCCAAGGACAUCAAGGAGAUCACUAACCGUACCCACGAGGCCUGCAUUCGCAUCAUUGAUAAGCAGUUCAAGGCCAUGGACAACUUUGCCGACCGUGACCACUGUGUUCAGUACAUGGUUGCCACCAUGCUUGUAUUCAACCGCCUCACUGCCAGUGACUACGCUGACGGCUCCGAAGCCGCCACCUCCCCUCUGCUCGAGGAUCUCCGCCAGCGCAUCCGUUGCGUCGAGGAUGAGCAGUUCACCAAGGACUACCACAACCCCGAGAAGCGCACCAUCCCCAACGCUCUGACCGUCACUCUGAAAGAUGGCACCGUUCUGGAGGAGGUUGUCGUUGAGGCUCCCCUAGGCCACCGUCUGCGUCGCGAGGAGGCCAAGCCCGAGAUUUUGGCCAAGUACAAGCGUCACCUGCAGGCACACUUUGAUCAGGCUCGCAUCGACGAGCUGCUGCAGGUGGGCUGGAACACUAAGGAGCUUGAGAGCUACGAGGUUGACAAGUAUGUCGACCUGUAUGUGACGGACAAGGUGAUUGCCUCCUCUUAA